CGGUAUCUCGUGUGGGCUCUUCAAGGCUUUAAGGAGAGUGAAUGUCGUCAUGAGCGAUCAAAAGGACAGUAUGGCCGCCACUGUCGCAGUCAGCCCAAGUGAAUAUCUUCAGCCCUCCACCACCACUUCUCAAGAUUCUCAGCCCUCCCCACUGGCCCUUCUGGCAGCUACUUGCAGUAAAAUCGGGCCCCCUGCUGCUCAAGCCCCGGUCAGCACACCAUCUGCUCAGCCAACCACACGCCGUCUGCAUCCCAUCAAGCCCGCCCCUAUUGCUCCGGCUCCACCCAAAAACCUUGGGUUCCUCUCUGCAAAAGGGAACGUUAUCCAGCUGCCCGCAGGCCUUGGGUCCUCAGGAGCCAGCCCCAUUGUUUUUACUAUUCAGAGUCCUUCACGUCCAGCAGGCACAUCCACUGCCAACAUCCAGUACCAAGUGAUCCCUCAGUUCCAGGGGUCUCAAACUAUUCAGAUGGUGCCUCAGGGAGGACAGAUCCAGAUCAUCCCCGGAACCAACCAGGCUAUUAUUACAUCACCUAUGACCGUUCAGGCUUCCACACCUGCCCCGCCACCUUUGGCACCAGCACCCCAGCAGAAGACUGUGGCGAUCAAGCCAUCCUCGCAAAAGCGUCGGCAGAAUAACGCCAAUGUAAAUAUCAACGUUGUACGACUUCCUAGUGGACUCACGCUGCCUCUCAAUGUUGCCACGAGUGAUGUGGGAGGAGCUCAUGUUGUUACAGAGACUGCAGCGGCUCCAGUGAAGGGCAAGAGGGGAAGGAAGAGACAAUUGGCUGUGGCCCCACCCACCCAUGUCCCUCAACCAGCCUCACCGUCACCUGUGGCUGAGCAGGUUGAAGCGUUGGUAAUAGAGACCACAGCUGACAAUAUAAUUCAGGCAGGGAACAAUCUCCUGAUCGUACAGAGUCCAGGAGGGAAUCAGCCUGCUGUGGUGCAGCAGGUUCAGUUGGUUCAGCAGAAAUCGGAUCAACAGGUUGUUCAGAUUCCUUCACAGGCUCUAAAAGUGGUACAGGCUGCUUCUGCCACACUUCCACCUGUACCACAUAAACCAACCGUCACACCCAGUGUGCAGGUGUCCUCCCAAGAACCCACACAGGUGCUAAUUAAAACAGCCUCAGGUGAGUGGCAGGCUGUACAGAUCCAGGAGACCACAGUUACCACGCCGACCACACCCACCAGCAACCCCAUACCUGCAGUGGUUACGAAGAAGGCUCAAACAGGGACACGGAAAGAGAGGAUGCUCCCUAAGAUUGCCCCGGCUGGAGGAGGUCUAAUAACGUUGAAUGCAGCUCAGCUAGCGUCUGCUGCUCAGGCUGUUCAGACCAUUAAUAUUAAUGGUGUCCAGGUGCAGGGUGUUCCUGUGACUAUCACCAACGCUGGGGGCCAGCAGCAUCUGACAGUGCAGACAGUUCCAGGUGGGGGUCUACAGCUGGGAAGUGUUCAGACACAAACACAAACAAUGCAGAUAGAGCCAACACAGACACUCGCACUGGAACUGCAGAGUCAGCCAGGGGAGAAGAAACGACGCAUGGCCUGCACCUGCCCAAACUGCAAAGAUGCAGAAAAGAGGCCAGGCGAGGUGGGGAAAAGAAAACACAUCUGCCACAUUGCAGGCUGUGAAAAGACCUUCCGAAAGACCUCCCUGCUCCGAGCUCAUGUCCGUCUGCACACGGGAGAAAGACCCUUCGUGUGCAGCUGGGUUUUCUGCGGAAAACGAUUCACACGCAGCGAUGAACUGCAGCGACACGCUAGGACACACACAGGAGACAAACGAUUUGAGUGCAAUAAGUGUCAGAAACGUUUCAUGCGGAGUGACCAUCUCACGAAGCAUUACAAAACACAUAUCAACACAAAGAACAUGUGAAUAAUGUGUUUCAAGAACUUUUGGGGAUACUAAAGGAAAACGCUCGUCCCAGGGCUUGAAGGAUAGAAGGUCAACCCCACUUCAUGUGUACAAUGUGGCCCUGGAUAGUCACCUGUUCAUACCAGCCUUUCAGGCUUGAUUACACUCCUGCUGUCCCUAUUAACUCAUCCUCAUUGUCAGAGGAAGGCUGGCAGGCCCAAAGGUUCAGUAAGGCCUAAAGCGUUGUCCUCAUCUGAGAUUCAUUAACAUGGUUAUAAGCAGUUGGAGAGGAUGUCUUUUCAUGAUGAAUUCCGCCACUAACAGGCACUCCAGUCAAAAAUAGGAGAUUCUUUUCUUCUCUUCCCUAAUUACAAUUUUUUACAUCUUUUUAUUUUAAGAGAUCAUGCCCCCCAUAUGAUGUGUAGCAGCUAUUGGACAGGGUUUUCUGGCUUUUAUUGUGUAAAUGUUUGUUUUCAUACAUACAAACAUACAUGUACAUAUAUCGGCACAUUUGAUUACAAAAGUAAUGCUUUGGGCAAACUCUUUAACCCAUUCUCCUGGAAUUUCUGUUGUUUAAUGGCUUAUAACAAGUCAUGUUUUAAAUGGAAAGCUUAAAAGUUGCUUGGUUGCUUAAAGUUCAGUUGAUUGUUCUUUUAAUAUUAGUGAUGCUUUGAAAGUAAAAAAAAUGUUUUGGCUUUUACAUUUCCAUGGUUAGACAAUCAUGUCUUGUGUACAGAGGAGAUAAGGUAAAUAUCAACAGGUGUUAAGAUGGCCACCUGUUUAUUAACUAUACAAAAUGAGGAAUAAGUUAUUAAGAGAAAAACUUAUUAAACCAAUAUCAGUGCACAUAUGCUGUGUUUGUCUUUGUAUAGAUAUUGCUGAUGUGUCAUGCAAAAUGUAUAAUCAAAAAUGUUUUCAGAUGUAAACUCAACGCAGGAAGGCAUUUCCAUGGAGAUGAAGAUCAUUAAAAUGAAAACCAGUGAGAAUGUUUUUAUUUAAUCUUCAAUACAGGUACGCCAGUUACAGAUUGAUCGAUUUAUAGUUCUAUGUAGUCAUUCCAUUUGUUUUUGUGUCCAAGCUCUCUAAAAAGAGGCCUUACAAAGAAAAAAUAUCUGUGCUCAUGUAUGUUUGUAUAGUGUCUGAAUUCAUACUAUUGUGUUUUGAGUGUAAAAUGUAGGAUAAUUGUUACACAAAUGUGUAUUGACUGGUGUUGCCAAGCAUAUGAUGUGGGCUGUGUACAGUGUAAAUGAGAAGGAAAACAACAUUGUAUAUUUUCAUUCCUAUAAUACGCAAGACUAAUAGAUUACCCUUUUUAUUGACUAAAAGUUGCCUUAGUCUGCAGCACGCCAUAUUUAAAGAGAUUUGUCCUUUUCCAGAGAACUGCAUUUGUAGACCUGCUUUAUUUUUGUGUCUAAUUUAUAAAGUGUUAAGAAAUGCCAAUUUAUGCGCACUGACCAAAUUCAGGAUUUUCACUGAGUGGAUAAUUUAAUUACUUGGUUCAUGUACCUGCAUUUGAUUUGACAGAAUUAAAGUUCUUUAUCUAUCCUUGAUAUACAUCGCAUUUAAAGAGCCCCGGCUUUGAAAAUUGGUAGAUAAACCUGUGUUUGUAUUACUUGUAUUAAGGAGCUUAGACCAGAGAACUUGCUAUCUUUUUCUACAGCCAGACCACCUCUUCCACUCACCUAAUAAAGCGUAACACAAAACAG